AUGCUAAAUGUAAUCUCAUUGAGCGUAGAGAAUUAUGGGAUAUCAUGUACUAUUUGGCCAGAGAUAUGUCACUUCCUUGGCUUGUGGGGUGAUUUCAAUGUUAUUUGGGAUGAGGAAGAGAGGUUUGGUGGAUUGCAUGUAUCACUGAAUGAGGUUAAUGAUCUUAGGCAUUGUGUUAACACAUGUAAUCUCACUGAUCUAGGCUUCAAAGGCAGCAUAUAUACUUGGUGGAAUGGACAGGCUGGAGAUGAUUGUAUUUUCAAAAGAUUGGAUAGGUGCUUGGCUAAUAUAGAAUUUCAACAGAUAUUUCCUGCUCUUGAAAUCACUCACUUAUCUAAAAUAGGGUCUGAUCAUAACCCUAUGUUAUUGAAGUGUAGAGAAGAUGCAGCACCAUUGAAGAAACUAAAGAAAGCGUUAUCAACAUGGAGUAGGGCAACCUAUGGGGAUAUAUUUCAGAAAAUAGCAAGUUUAGAGGAAGUGGUAAUGGUGCAUGAAGCUGAGUUCGAGAGGCAUCCAACAACUCAAAAUAGGGAAAAUUUGUUGAAAGUCCAAGCUGAACUUAUUAGAUAUUUGGCUCUUGAGGAGGAGUUUUGGAAGCAAAAAUUUGGUAUAGUUUGGUUCCAAGAUGGAAACCGGAACACAAGGUUUUUUCACGCAUAA